AUGCAAAUUGCCAGCUUCACGCUCGGCGUGGUGCUGUUUCUUGAGCGAUACGCAGUCGCGCAGUGUUCUCCGAGGCGACCGGUCGAUGGCACUGUCCGAGACAAAGACCGAGCAAAAGCUUAUCUCGAUGAGGUCGACGCCAUUUUGAGCGACAUUUGCUACAACGAUAACGUUGCCGAAUGGAACUACGAGACGGACAUCAACAGUGAAAACGACAGAAAAAGAGUAGAGCAGAGUCUCAAGUCAAACGAGCUGAAGAAGGAGUUAUGGAGGAACAUCACUCAGUUUAGGUGGACUUCAUUCAAGGACCCUACCACCAAGAGGGUGUUCAAGCUGCUCUCAGUUGUAGACACGGCUAUCCUACCCCAGGAGAAGCAGAACGAAUUCUUGAAGAUUGUCAGUGACAUGCAAGGCAACCAUGCAUCGGCGAAAAUUUGCCCAUUUUCACGAAAAGCCACCAAUCCUGAUGACUGCACCCUCACGCUAGACAAAGAGAUCAAGGACAUGCUAGCUUCUUCGAGGAACUACGAUGAAUUGCUGCACGUGUGGAACGAGUGGCGCAGAGUCUCAGGAAAACCCGUGAAAGAGAAAUUCACCCGAUACGUCCAACUCCUGAACGAAGCAGCGAAACUCAACGGUUUCGACGACGCCAGUGGGCUGUGGCAGAAUCAGUACGAGUACGAUGGUUUCGAGGAUAAUGUAAAACGGCUCUGGGAGCAACUGUCUCCCUUGUACCAGCAACUACACGCGUACGUCAGAACGAGGAUACGCAAAAUGUACGGCGCCGACAAGAUACGAGAAGAUGGCCCCAUACCAGCUCACCUUCUAGGUACUAUACACUCCCAGCAGUGGGGGCCUUUGUACAAAGCAACACAACCUUUCCCGAACAAGGAUGCAAUAGAUGGGACGUCAGCUAUGGCAAAGAAUAAUAUGUCUGUUGUCGACAUGUACAAACUUGCGGAGGAGUUCUUCACAUCUAUGGGGCUUCCGGGAAUGCCAAAAACUUUUUGGGAGAGGUCGCUAUUCGUUAAGCCGCCCGACAGGGAAAUUGUCUGCCACGCUUCUGCCUGGGACUUCUGCAACAAUGACGAUGUCAGAAUAAAGCAAUGCGCCGAAGUUGACAUGAACGACCUGUUAAUUAUUCAUCAUGAAAUGGGACACGUGGAGUACUACCUCAAGUACGCAAAGCAACCAAUGUACUUCAGAGAUGGCGCGAACCCGGGUUUCCACGAGGCGAUCGGCGACACUAUCGCACUCUCUGUGGCGACACCGGCACACCUCAAGAUUAUCGGGCUUGCGAACGCAGACGUCGAAGACGAAGAAAUUGGAUUGAACUACCUGUACAGCACCGCCUUGAACAAAGUGGCCUUGCUUCCUUCGGCUUACGUUUACGAUCUGUGGCGCUGGAACGUGUUCCGAGGCACGUACAGGCCCGAGGAGUACAACAACGCUUGGUGGGAACUACUAUUAAAAUACCAAGGAAUCUGUCCCGGUAUUGCUCGCUCCACGGACGACCUUGACGCAUCCUCAAAGUACCACAUAUCUGCGAAUGUGCCGUACAUCAGGUACUUCGUCAGCGUAAUACUACAGUUUCAGUUUUACAAGGCACUCUGCGAAGAAGCCAACCACGUCGGGCCACUACACAGGUGCGACUUCUACCGUUCGAAAGAAGCAGGAAGGCUUUUUGGCGAGGUACUUGCGCUUGGGAAGUCGAAAUCAUGGCCCGAGGUACUGGGCCUUCUGACCAAGGGCAGGACGAAAGAAAUGGACGCUACUCCCUUGCUGGAAUAUUUCCAGCCCUUGUACAGGUGGCUGCAGAAGCAGAACGAGGGAAAGCCUGUCGGCUGGAGAAGUGACGACGCCACCGUUUGCCCCCACGCUUCAGACAAAUAAUUCGGCAACGAAACCUCCGCCGUGGUCUAAAUAAAAGACUAAAGAAAAAAUUCCGCGCUUGCGUAUAUAGU